ACUCUUUCAGUCUUCCCAGCGUGGUGAGCCAGUGAUCUCCCCUCUUUGAGACCUUGCAAACUCAAGGUGCUGUGUAUAAAAAUAUAUUUCUUUCCUUACCAAAGUCUGAUGAAGAAUCAAGGCUUCUGAACACCCUGUGCACUAACUCACAGCUCCAUCCUUUUCCCCAAAAUCUUAAUGUUAUGGCUUUGUUGCUAGCACCUAUGUGGCUUUUGACAGCGGUUGCAUCCCUUUACCUUGGGCUACUGAGACCCACCCAAGCAGGUGCUUAUUAUGGGAUCAAGCAGAUGCCUCCCCAAGUGCCACAGUACCAGCCCCUGGGGCAACAAGUACCUCACAUGCCACUGGGCAAAGAUGGUGUUCCAAUGCAGCACAUGGCCAAGGAGGGGCCACACUUACCCUAUGGGAAAGAAUAUGUGCCUCAAUACAUCAAAGAAAUCCCACAGAUACCCAUGCUUGGCAAGAAGGGGAUUUCAAAGAAAGGAAAAGCAGAACUUCCAUUAGCCAGUUUGAGAGGUGAGCAGGGUCCUCCUGGGGAGCCUGGACCAAGAGGCCCACCCGGUGCACCAGGGAUACCAGGACACGGAGUGCCAGGAGCCAAAGGAAAACCAGGUCCACAAGGAUAUCCAGGGAUCGGCAAACCAGGCAUGCCCGGAAUGCCGGGGAAACCAGGAGCAAUGGGGGCUCCAGGAUCAAGAGGAGAGAUGGGGCCAAAGGGAGAGAUUGGACCUAUGGGCAUUCCAGGGCCCCAAGGACAACCAGGACCUCAUGGACUCCCUGGAAUAGGAAAGCCAGGUGACAGAGGAUUGCCAGGACAGCCAGGAGGAAAGGGUGAGCCGGGGAUGAAAGGGCAACCUGGAAUGCAAGGCCCCCCAGGCCCAAAAGGAGAUAAAGGUGUUGGGAUUCCAGGAUUGCCAGGGCUAAAAGGUCCACCUGGCUUACCUGGUCCUCCAGGUCCUGUUGGGCUUCCAGGGGUAGGCAAGCCAGGGAUGGUUGGUUUCCCAGGCCCACAGGGACCUGCAGGCAAACCAGGGCUUCCCGGAGAGCCAGGGCCUCAAGGGUUAGGUGGGGCUCCUGGAAUUCAAGGUCCUCCUGGCCUUCCAGGUGUGGGGAAACCAGGCCAAGAUGGAAUUCCAGGGCAGCCAGGGUUUCCAGGUGGGAAAGGUGAGCAAGGCUUGCCAGGCUUACCGGGACCUCCUGGCAUGCCCGGGAUUGGGAAGCCAGGUUUCCCUGGGCCUAAAGGUGAGCGUGGCAUGGGCGGUAUUCCAGGACCACUUGGGCCGAAAGGCGAAAAGGGGCACAUGGGCCCACCUGGUAUGGGUGGGCCACCAGGAGAACCAGGCCAACCAGGAUUACCAGGGUUAAUGGGGCCCUCAGGUGCUAUGGGGUUUCAAGGGCCUAAAGGAGAAGCUGGAGCUGUUGGCCCUCAAGGACCAAUUGGUCCAAAAGGUGAAGUUGGUUUACAGGGUUUCCCAGGAAAGCCUGGUUUUCCAGGAGAAGUGGGGUCCCCAGGCCUAAGAGGCUUACCUGGCCCAAUUGGACCCAAAGGGGAAGCUGGUCACAAAGGCUUGCCAGGUCUGCCUGGUACUCAUGGGCCCAUGGGUCCCAAAGGAGAGCCUGGGAUGCCAGGGGCUCAAGGCCACCAAGGCCCUUCUGGAAUCCCAGGCAUUGCAGGACCUAGUGGCCCAAUUGGUCCUCCCGGGCUUCCCGGGGUGAAGGGUGAACGAGGCCUGCCAGGCCAGCCAGGAUUUCCAGGAGCAGGGAAACCUGGAAUUGCGGGGGUGCAAGGCCCACCUGGGAAGCCUGGGUCCAUUGGUGCUCCUGGCCAGCCAGGCCUCCAGGGACCUCCAGGGCCUCCUGGCCCACCAGGCCCACCAGUCAUAAUACAACCCACACCGCCAGCUAUGGGACAAUAUUUGCCUGAGGUUGGUCCAGGCCUUGAUGGAGCAAAGACGCCCUACGGCUACAAGAAAAUAAAAAAUGGCGCCGCUUCCUACGAGAUGCCAGCUUUCACAGCUGAGCUCACCACACCUUUCCCACGGGUUGGAGUCCCUGUGGUCUUUGACAAGCUCCUCUACAAUGGCAGGCAGAACUAUAACCCACAGACGGGCAUCUUCACCUGCGAGAUCCCAGGGAUUUACUACUUUGCCUACCACGUUCACUGUAAAGGGGGGAAUGUUUGGGUGGCUUUGUUCAAGAACAACGAGCCCCUGAUGUACACGUACGAUGAGUACAAGAAAGGCUUCCUGGACCAAGCUUCUGGGAGUGCCGUCGUUCAGCUGACUCUAGGUGAUAGAGUUUAUAUCCAGAUGCCAUCCGAACAAGCAGCAGGACUCUAUGCCGGGCAAUAUGUCCAUUCAUCUUUUUCAGGAUAUUUAUUGUAUCCCAUGUAAACCAAAACACUCGGACAGAACAAAAACUCCCCCUGCCCGUUCUCCAAAUCUAUACCAUUGAAAGGUGCAUUUAAUGACUUUUAUUUUAUUUUAUUUUUUGGACCAACAUGUACAAUCAUUCAAAUAAAAUUACAACUUCAAACAUUAUUUACAGCUUGUUAUAGCGAAAAGUGGUGGCAAACCCAGUGGGGAUCUGUUUGCUGCUGUACACUGAACAUGUUCAACAUUUGCCUUGGAUAAUGCCAAUGUCGGGGUUCACAUCAAAUGUUCAUGUGAUGCGCUUUUACUGUUUGCUUACCUGAAACAUUCAGCUAAAAGAGGAUAUGGGAAAGAAAAAGAAACAGUGGUGCUGAUUUUAGAGUACUGUACAGCAACAGUAGUGCUGGUCACAUCCACAUCAAGGAAGGAAUUCAAUGGAGCAAUAAGUUGAAGUCCCUCAGCAAUGUACUAGUUGCACUAGUAUAAGAGUGUUUAAAAUGUACCAUGCAGAUGUGAACUAGAGUAAAGGUGUAGAAUCCUGCAAUGUAAAUUAAGCUUCUCCUACCCAUAGUCUUUUCUUGCUGUGCGGGACUCUCCCAACUCAUACCUGCAAAGAAUGACAGAAAAGAAUCGCUUUGGGUGUUAGCUAAGCAAGGAAAUGAUACCAAGUCCUCAGAAAUCCAAGGAAAACUUUCCCAGUUCUUUUCUUCCAGUGAGCAGUGGGUCAUUUCACCAGCAACUGGGAUACUUUCAAAGGCAUUUAUCUAGAUCUAUAAGUACUGGAAAACAAUGACUUUUUAGAUAAAACUUUCAGUCCAAGUGAUUGUAUCUGUUAUGUGAAGACAAGUGAAGGUGAGGACAGAACAGGUUUGUGGUGGCUAGAUAAUCCCUCCUGCCUCACAGAUCUGCCAACAGACCCCUGGAAAUAGGUAUAUGGAAUACUAAACAUGUAACAAAGGCAAGGUUGUGAUACCUGAGUCAUGGGUGCCGAAAGAUAUAUCUUAAACAAGCACCAAUGGAUGGAGCGAGAGUUGAACGCUUCUAGGUUGCUUUGAUUUCAUUCGGUGAAAGCCACAUACUGUACAUGCUUAGCACCAAAGUACAUUUGACACAGAAUCACAUAUUCCCACCCACCCAUCUGCAAUUUACACACACAGAGAGAGACACACACUGCAGCCACAGAGGCUGCAAAAAUAAAAUACUCCUGUAGGAGGGAGGAGAGCAGCUUUUUAACUUUCUCCUCUCUUGACAGUUUUCCAGCUAAAAGCAGCCCCCUUUCCCAACCACCUUUUCUCCAUAGGAAAAGCUGCAUGGGAACACUUUUCAGUGGAGUUAUCUUCAGAGGGGGAAGAGUUUAAAGUGACUCCAUUCUCUCCCUACUGGUCUUCCAGUUCUGGAUUGCAACCUCUACUGCUUCAUUAAGAAGGAAAUUACAUGGAACUCCAUGUCGUGUCUAGUUUGGCUGAAUUACCCCCCAACGCACACACACACACACACACA